GUAUUGCUCGGGAGCCCUGUAACAAACUGCGUCUCCACUGCGAGCAGCGCGGCUGUUUACCUUCCAAACUAGUGCAACCUUUCAUAUGUCAAUAGCUUCACGUUCAUUAUAACCAUAGCCCAAUGUUACAAUUGAGUUUGUCACCGGCAUUCAGCCAUAAGCUUGCGAGUACGCCGGCGGCAUGCGCUGCGACCACAAAUCCUACGCGCGUUGUCGCGCUGCGGCGGCCACUUCUCGCCUGCAAUGCAGCAGCGGAACGCUCUACUCAAGUCCAGGAUGGGCGCAGCGUCGCUGGGCGGCAGCGCAGUGCUGGGGAGAGGACGGUGUUCUCGGACCGUCAAGCGAGUCAUGCUGCUGCCGGGCCCCGCAGCGAAGCCGCCCGGCCCCAGUCAGCAGCACCCUCGGCCCAUCCACAGCGUAGUACUCAGAAGACACAGGGCGUGCCUGGCGCCCAGCCUGCCACCGGACGCCCAGCAAGCGCAGGCUCUAGCGGCAGAAGCGCGGCGCCUGCCACGAGCGGCCUGCGUGCCCCGCCUCGGGAAGGCGGUGACGCAAGCCGCCGCCCAGCCUCUGGCAUCUCCAGCCUCCAACGCAAGCACAGUAGACACCAGGCUCCAGCGGGCGGCAGGCCAGGCGACGCAGGCCGGCCAGCCGCCGGUGCCGAACUGACUGGCACGGGCGCGGCUGUCCCAAAGUGGCGGACGACGCGGCUGCAAGUGGACUGGGCAUCCGCACCGCCGCCACCUCCCGGCGUGGACCUCAAAGGCCUGGCGUCCCGGCUGAUGGCGCCGCCCCGUGACGAGUCGCUGCCGUCCCUGGACGCGCUGGUGGUGGUGGAGGGCUUCAAUGACUGCCUAGCGCUGCACAAGGCGGUCCGGGCGCCGGUGUAUGUGAUGGGCGGCGGCGGCGUGCUGGCGGACGCCAUGCGGCCCGAGCUGCGCUACCUUGGCCAGCUGGCGGGCGCCGGGGUGCUGCCACGUCAGCUGGUGGUGUUCACCGACCCCGACUGGCAGGGCCGCACCUACCGCACCCUACUAGAGGACGAGCUGCGGGUGGUGGCGGAGCAGGCGGAGAAGGCAGCUGCAAAGGCCAAGGCGAAGGCGGAGGCGGGGGCGGGCGGUGGAAAGGGCGCGGGGGGCGUGGUAGGAGCAGCGGCAGCAACGAGUGGGCCGGUGGUGGGCGGCGCGGGGCAGGCGGCGGUGCUGCGCCCCGGCGCGCGCAGGCUGCUGAAGCCGGCCGCGGCUGCGGCACCUGCUGCGGAGGUGAAGCAGGAGGCUAAGCAGGAGACUGCGGCGGUGACUGCAACGGCGGCACCUGCAGCUAUCGCGUCCGCGGGGGUAACUGUGAGGCACGCAUUCUUGCGUGUGGAGCUGGCGACCAGUGAAGCAGAGAGCAGGCGGCAUGAGGCUGGCAAUGUCGGUGUGGAGCAUGCUGCGCCCGACACCAUCCGCACCUGCCUGCGGCGCGCGCGGCCGGGCUUUGGGCCGGGGCGGACGGAGUUCACCGCGGAAGGGCUCCAGGCGGACGGGCUGAUAGGCGUGUGGAAUGACAAAACCAAGGUUGCGGGCCCGGGGCUGCGGCGCGGGCGCUUCUGUCGCGCGCUGGGUAUUGACGAGGUGGGCAGCGGCAAGGCAUUGGCCAACCUGCUCAACCGCUACUUCAGCCGGGCCGAUUAUGCCGCGGCUCUGGAGGCGUGUGAGAUGCAGCAGGACGCAGCACAGGAGAUAUCAGAUACGUAGGCGGGGCAUGGGCAGGCGCCUGAUCGUCGUGGUGGAGUGCGGCGGCACGGCGAGCUGCAUGGGGAAGCAGUGGCAAUUUUGGCACCAGGUGCAGGCAAGGGUGCAGGGAUGGAAGCCGUGGGGGAUGGGGCGUCAUCAAGAACAACUGAGACUCGAGGCUUGCCAAUGUAAAACACAAACACC